AUGGACGGCACCUGGGAGGAGGAGCUUCAAGGCUUCCAGGUGGCAUCUGUUCUGGGGCCCCAGGUGAAAGUUCAGAAGGAGUCUGAGAGUUUGAGUGUUGCUCUGGGCCGCAAUCCUCUUGCCUUCAUCUUCAGUGCUGGCCAUGUCUAUUUGUGUCCCCAUGGCUCUGAGCCACGCUGGGCCUUGUGCAGAGCUACACAGACUACAGAGCUUGAGUCUCAGCAGCCUGAGUGGGAGGGGAAACUGACCAGAGCCGUAGUGGCCUCGGCAGCUGCGCUAGCGAGGAGGCUGUGUGCGGCUCAGCCCACCAGCUUUAAGCCACUGCUGCCGUCUCCAGGGGCCAGCCCAGGUACCUUCCUUGGCAUCUCAGCUCUGGCACACAACCUCUGUGCCACUCUGGACAGGCACUGCCAACAGCUACCUGGAGUUGGCUCCCUUGUGGUGAAGAUUCUGGAUGAGGCUUUGGGUGUGAACUGCAGCUUUGGGUGUGAACCAGAGCCUGUGAACCCUGGUCAGCCUCAGCUUGUGCUGAAGGCCAUUGGCAGUGCUGGUCUGGCCGCAGCAGCUCUAGCCCCUGUGUUGAGCACCUGUGCAGCUCUGAGGGGCGUCUCUGAGGAGAUCUGGCUGGCGGCUAUCCAGGCCUUCUGGAAGAUCCCUUGCUCUGCAGACAGGUCAGGGCUCUCACGCCUGUACUAAGCUCCCGAGGAGGACAUAGAGCUCCGUAUCAAUGCCUACCUGACUCUGAUGACGUGCCCCAGUGAGGUGUUUGCCCAGGUGCGGCACACACAGUCAACCAAGCAGUCCACCCAUGUGGGCGCCUUCGUGUGGAGCCACAGCUUGCAACUGCUGGAGACGGAUGACCCCCUAAAAUGUGACCUUCGGGAGUCCCUCCCCAAGGACAUCCGUCAACAGUUCCAGAUGGAGACCUGGAAACACUCGUCUUAUCUGAUGUCAUCUUCCAUUCAAGACCCUCCUCCUCUGUUCAGCUCUUUCCUCCCUUGUUCUGUAAUGGUUAUCUUCACUGUCCAUGCUGCUGGCUGGACCUUCAACCUGCUGGAGCUGGGACUCCACCUGAAAAAUGCUGAAGACAUCAUCCGCAGUCUCCUGGGGCCCAAAUCCUUCUGGAGGCAGGAAGAGGAAAGAGAGGCUGAGCCAGAGAACACUUCAGGGCCGGAGCCAGUGACCCAGAUGCCUGCACGGCUCCUGGGAAGACUGUGGGUGUCCAUGCAUCCCUUGUGGACACCUGCUGACCACGCCUACCUGGCGCCCUGGAUGUUUAGGGCAAGACAGGCACCAAGCUGCCAGCUGAGUGCCAGUGUCCAGCAUGACCUGAGCUUCCUGGACUGAGCCUCUGGAGGCCAUAGGAGACGCUGGUCUCUGAACCUGGCUGAACCUGCCAUCAAGCUUCUCAAGGGGCAGGGUCAGGUGACCCCAAGGCUGAGUUUGGCUCCCACAAUGUCUGGUAUUCCAGCCAUCACCCUACAUGCCUUGGCUACUGUCAGAAUCCAUGCCCAAGGGGCAGCUGACUUCCAGCAGCUCUCGGAUGGCUCCCUGAAGAGUUCUAUCAAGUCCAGGGAACAGACUUCUCCAAGCUGGGGGUUAAUGUCUGUACAGCGCUGGUUCUCAGAAGGAAAUGCUAACAUGGGUGGCUGGGCCAACAGCCCGAGCCUUCUGCUAACGGCAGCUGUCACUCGGGUCUUCACAGGGUCCCGAGCCUUGGGUUGGCAGCUGUGUGCUAACGUGACCUGGCCAGGGCCUGGUCAGCCCUUCCUGCUCUCGGCACCUGUGCGGGGACUGAUUCUGAAGAAGCAGGACCCAGGACUUCAGCUGUACCUGCUGAACCCCAUUGUGCUUCUGAAGGACAGCUGGCUCCCCGAAGAAGCCACUGCCCACCUCUUCAUGGGUGCACCCCAGUCAGAAGUGGCCAGGGACGUUGGGAUGGAUAUCAGCUACAGUAUCACAGGGUUAGAACCAGGCCUGCUGGCCGUGCUCGCCCUUCAGGUGAUGCUGGGACUUUUUCAGGUCCAGAGUGACCUGCAGCCAGAGACAGACAAGAAGACCCAGCGGUUUGAGGCCCAGGUGGAGGCAAAGCUGGAGACAGUAGGCAGACCUAUAGUCCCUGAUGGGAACAUCCCGCGGCAGUUGGGCAGCAGGCUGUCCAUCUCUGCAUCUCUGAGGCGCAUACUAAAUGAUGAGGCUCACAUAACUCUGUUCUGUGGUCAGGUUCCCAGUGUGACAGAGCUCCACAUACAGGGCCUGCUGGAGCAGCAUGGCUCUGUGGGAAGCGACACCCUGAGGAUCAAGUACGGCCUCCUGGGUACAAAGGUGGAGAGUGGCAACAGGAGAUUCCUGCACAUCAGCCAGACCUUCAAGAAUGUCGGACCAGCACUUCACAUUUACCUGCUGGAGCUUGUACUACAGGCUCCAGAGAGGCAGGUGGGCUGCCUUUCACAGAUGCACCACUUGAGCCUCCGGCAGCCCCGUUUCAAAAGCAGCACGUACCUGAAGGUGCUAUUCAGUGGGCAGCUGCCCUUCCUGGUAGGCUUGCACUGGAAGGACACAGCCAGGGCCACCCUGUCGCGAGGGGAAGCUGAGAGCCAACUCGGAGGAGACUUGAACUUGGACAGCACAUGGCUCACAGUGUCUGCAGCUCCUCGGCUCUACUGGUCACACUGGAUCACGUUCCAGGCUGUCUCAGAGCUGACGCUGGCCAAGGCCUGGACCCUCAAAGAUCUGGUGGUCAGCAUGACCUGCAGGAGUCAGGGCCGGAAAGCCAAGAUCCCGGUGUACACUGAAGCCACCACCUAUCUCUGGGUUUCCAUGGUGACAACCUUGAUGCCAGGCCUCUUUCACAGCAGAAGAGAGCUUGAGUCAGCCUGGAGUGCAGCUGUGCAGAGUGAGGUACAUGUGGAGAACAGUCAGGACAGGAAGGUCCUGCGCUGCUGCUUGAAGAGCCUGCAAGGGGAACUCAGCCUCACAGCAGCCUACCAGCACACAAAGAAGGCUAAGAACAGGGAGAUCGAGGCUACAUUAGAAAUCAACCAGAAAGUCAUUCUGCAUCAAGGUUUCCACCGGGGCAGCUCUCAGCGUGGAGGGAUCCGGCAUAGCCUUCACUUUAAUGGUGGCUUUAACCUCACAUGGCAUCGACAAGGAGCAUUUGACUUCAGUGUAGCUGUCCGUGCUGCUGCCAACCACAACACCACAUCCCAGGUGCAGGCUGCCAUAGUACGUCACGAGGAAGGCAGAGUGGAUGUGUCACUGUCUGUGUGUGUGUCUGGCCAUGAGUUGCUUCUGCUGGAGGUGGACACAAGCAAGCAGCAUAGGAGGAGCCACUGGGGCUGGAACAUGAGGGUCUCCCUCCACCAGGCUGCCCUCAGCACCCCCAGAGUCCUUCAGCUACAACUGUCCUCCAUAGACACCCCAGCAAGGGUACAGUUGUUUUCCAAGGUGCUGCGGGACCGCUCAGCACAGCUGCUCCUCAGGACAUCUGAGGGGAGAUGUGGAGAGGACCUUCCUGUGUCCCCAGUGGAGAGGACCUUCCUGUGUCCCCAGAGGAGAGGACCUUCCUGUGUCCCCAAUGGAGAGGACCUUCCUGUGUCCCCAAUGGAGAGGGCCUUCCUGUGUCCCCAGUGGAGAGGAUCUUCCUGUGUCCCCAGUGGAGAGGACCUUCCUGUGUCCCCAGAGGAGAGGACCUUCCUGUGUCCCCAAUGGAGAGGACCUUCCUGUGUCCCCAAUGGAGAGGGCCUGCCUGUGUCCCCAGUGGAGAGGAUCUUCCUGUGUCCCCAGUGGAGAGGGCUUUCCUGUGUCCCUCAGAGGAGAGGGCUUUCCUGUGUCCCUCAGAGGAGAGGACCUUCCUGUGUCCCCAGUGGAGAGGACCUUCCUGUGUCCCCAGUGGAGAGGACCUUCCUGUGGGGAGGACCUUCCUGUGUCCCCAGUGGAGAGGGUCUUUCUGUGUCCCCAGUGGAGAGGACCUUCCUGUGUCCCCAGUGGAGAGGACCUUCCUGUGUCCCCAGUGGAGAGGACCUUCCUGUGUCCCCAGUGGAGAGGACCUUCCUGUGUCCCCAGUGGAGAGGACCUGCCUGUGUCCCCAGUGGAGAGGACCUUCCUGUGGCCCCAGUGGAGAGGACCUUCCUGUGGCCUUCUGGUCUGGUUGUCCAAGCCCACAAUGACACUUCAUGGUGCCCCAACAUCCAGGAGUCCCCAAGUAUGGCACUGGAGGCGACAGUGAGUACCAGCCACAUAGCGCAUGCUGUCCAGAGACUGGGCCUGCCCUUCAGCAGCCAAUUACUAUUUCAAGAACUCUGGACCUUGGAAGACAUGAGUUCACCCCUGCAAGUCACUUGCGACACCCAAGAUCUCCUGUUCCUCCAUGUCCGUGGCCAGAUCCAGUUCUGGGGAUGCCCUGGAGGAGGGGAACCGGAGCCAGCUGGCAGCUGGACACUGCUGGGCACCAAUGAGACAUCAAAGAGCCUGCUGCUGUUGCUGCAGGGCCAGUACUGCCUCCUUUCCUUCCUGGACGGCCGCCCCGGCUCAGCCACCGCCACAGCACCCCCAGCUCCUAACCCCAUGCUCCGUGCCACCCUGACCCCUCCCACGCUGGUGGAUGGGUUCCCUCGGCCUGCCCUGGGGGCUGUGGGUCUCGACUUCUGGCCAAACCUGACCAAGCCCCAGUACUCCAAGGAUGAGACCCAAAGCACUGUUGUUCUAGGGAUGGAGGAGCACCGUUCCCAUGUCAGUGCCAGCCUGCAGGCUGCUAAGGACAGCCUAGACAAUGCCAUCCAGCUGCAACUGACCUUCCCCCAGGUGUGGAGCACCCUUCACACAGAGCUGACCCUGAGGACUGUGUUCCAGAGAGCCCAAGGCACCCAUGUCCUGCACCAGGCCCUGUAGUGGGAUGGCAGGGAACUGGCCCUCAAUGGAAGCCUCUCCAGGCCCAUCUCAGAGGCUGGACCCGGGUCUCUCUCCUGGGGCCAACACCAGCUGCAGCAGAAUGUGACAUUCCAGAAGCAUCGGCUGCCCCAAUGGGACAAGGUCCACACACAGGCCACACUAGAGGACAUCCUCACGGGCCCCUGUGCCCAGCACAGCUUCCAGGGCACAGCCCUCUCAUUCUCCGGGAAGCACAGUCUGGACCAGGGUGCACUAUUGUUGCAUUCUGAAUGCCAGCUGGGUCUUCCUCCAGACCCUGACCAGGGCCUGCACUUUAGCCUCACCCCCUACAACCACAGCAGAACUAACGCACUUGACUUCUCUGUGCAGCUGGAGAGCAGUGAGCAGCACAUCCAGCCACUGGGAUGCCUGGCCCUGCAGGCAGCUAACCAGGGCCUCUUCCUAGUUGUACAAGGCUUUCAGGCCCUGCUGAGCCACACGGAGGGUCAGGUCAAGCAAAUGCUGACUGGUCACCUGCCUCUCUACCUGGAGCAGCUGCGGCAUGAGCUGGACCAACCCCUGGUCACACUAAAGGAGGCCUACUCGGAGGUGAUGCUGCAGUCACUGGAUGAGGUCUGGUGAGAGGGGGCUAAAGAAGCCAGGCAGUGGCUACAGGCUUGGCUGCUCAGGCUGCCCUGGAGCUGGUGAGGGUGUGUGUGACAGGGUGGGGAUGGGGUUGGACUAAUUGAGGUUGGCUCUGAUGGUUGUCCCUGCCCCACCCAGGCCACCCACCAUACACUGUCCUGGGCUGAGAUUUCCUGGGCACUGAGGCGACUCUGCAAACCCUUAUGGAGCAUGUACAGUUACUCAGUCAGGAACCUCUGCUACCAGCGGGAGAUGAGCCCCUGGAUGCGGGAGAAACUCCUGCAGCCACUCUGCAGCUGCCUGAGGCUAAUGUGCUGGCUGAGUUCUAUGGAUUACCCUGUGGUUGCUGUUACCAGGAACCUGGUGACUUUGAUGGGCAGGCAGGCUGAGCUGAGCCGCGAGGAGAUGUCUGUCUCUUAUGAUGAGCCAGCAGGCCUCUGCAGCCUGACGCUGGGCCUGUGGCACCACGGUACAUCUGCUGGCCUUCUGGGUACCAACAAUAAAGAAGCAGAUGAUGAGCUAAUGCUGUCGGAUGGCACGGAAGCUGCCGGCCUGGAGGAGCUCGCCUGGGCCUGGCAGUGUGGUGGUAAGUUCUCACCCGGGCCCCAUCCCAAAUGGAAGACCAACGCCAUUCUCUGCGCUUCUGCCGGGAUGCCUCAGGUGCUGACCCUCAGCUCUUCCUUUGGAGGAGUAUGA